AUGCAUUUCCAACUUCCAAUUCUUCUGGCUUUGGUGACGCUUGCUGUAGCCUUCCCAAAGUGGGACAAGGACAACAAGAAAGGUGGUUCAUCGGAUGGCAAGGACGGUGAUGGCGAUCACAAGGAUGACCCACAGCCAUGGGAUGGAGAUAAACAUGACGGCCACAAUCGCACCAUCUGCAUCUCUAUUCCCGAUGAAAAAUCUUGGUUUGCUAUCAGCCCUUCUGGCGAUAAGCAUUCUUUUGAUGACCUGAAGUGGGAUUCUGGCUCUGGUAGCUCCGAUGGCAGCUACUAA